GGAGACUCUGUACUACUGAGGUCUUGCCGUUCUGAGUACGAUGUCGUCUUCAUUCGUCAAAUCAGGGUCAACCCGGAUGGUGGUCUCGAAGUGAAAGGUCAAUGGCUUUAUCGGGAGCAACUUCUUCCGUUCUCAAAAGAGCAUGGCAGAAGCUCGGUCGAAGCCAGGGCAACCACUACAGAUGAACUUUUCGGAAACAGCAAAAGGACAUGUGUUCCCUCGGAUCCACGGCAGCUGUUUUAUUCCUUUCACUACGAGUCCUUCGUUCCCGAGACAAUAGUACGGAAGUGCAGCGUCGUUGUUAUCCCGCCGUCCAAAGCUCUGCCUUCAACAAGUGAGCUUUCGGAUUUUGUGGUGUCAUAUGUAUAUGACGUUCAAAGUCACCGUCUACUGACUGUGACCGACAAGUUCCUUCCCAGGGAACAUCAUGACGAGCUUGCGACGGCACUUGCUCGGUCUAAGGAGAAAUGGGAGUCGCUCGUGGAGCAUGCGCCCAGAGAGCUUCAAGAGAGCAAUAAGGUCAACCUUGUGUGUUCAAGUUCAAACAAGCGCUCUGCGAAGGGCUCCGAGCUGAGCUGGAACGUUCCUGGUUCCAAGCGUCGCAAGCUGUCGAGUGAAGGCAAGUGUUUGGCGGUUGCUGGCGGUCUUAUCAGAUGCGAACAAGCUGCAAAAGAGAGUGAGGCGGACGAGAACGUUUCUGCCCUAAUGGGAUGUCCGGACGGAGACUGCUCGUAUUGUAGUGGGAGAAGCGGGUGUGAGUGGGAUCAAGGAACCGCCCCGUGGACCUCGGAGUCGCCUUUGUGUCCCGUUGAAGCUCCUGAAGAUCAUUCUUCCGUCAGCGGUGGUUGCUGCAAACCUUCACUGGCAGUUCCCUCGGUGACAGAUCACCUUUCGCAUGUGGAUACGUAUUUGGAAGUUUGCGAUAAAGCAGAUGCUGGGUGCAGUAUCACGGCAAGCACCGUUGACGUCCGUACUGGUGCGACUGGACUUGCCGAAGACCCCGAGGCUUUUCUGGAGGCAGUUGAGGUCCACGAUUUUGAUGAGAAGUUGGCGGAGCAGUCAACCUCUCCCGUCGAUGUGCAACAUCUGGUGGAACUCAUCUGCCCUAACUGCGGUGUCUGCGGAACCGUUCCUAAUUCUCCUUUGGAAAAUUGCUCGAAUGAAGUUGAAGAGCACAAGUUGGAGUGUACAACAUGCGGGCACUCCUGGGUUUCUCUCCUCAAUUCAGGAGACGUCGCGGGUGCAGGCCACGAAGAUCUGGAGUUUCACGGCCUGGAAUGUCAAGAGGAAAGUAAUGCGGUCGGGAGUGAAAGCGAUGCAGAUGAUGAAAAUGACCCUCUUCUUUUCAUCAAACGGCUGCCGCUGCUCACAUAUACGAUUCCGGAAAAUCGUCCUUACAUCUUACCUCCGCGGAAAGCAGAUGCGCCGCCUGUGACGCUGGUCCUGGAUCUUGAUGAGACGUUGGUACAUUCGACAAUGGACUUCUGCCCGUUUUCCGAUUUCAACUUCCCAGUCUUGCUGAACAGCCAUACGCAUAUGGUCCAUGUUCGUAAACGCCCCCAUGUGGAGACUUUUCUGCAGAAGGUAGCUGAGCUGUUCGAGGUUGUGGUCUUCACAGCCAGCCAGGGUAUUUACGCUGAUAAGCUUCUUGAUAUAAUGGAUCCCAAGACGGAGCUGGUUCAGCACAGGAUCUUCAGAGAGUCCUGUGUCUACAUUGAAGGGAACUAUGUCAAGGACCUGUCUGUGCUUGGACGAGACCUUUCCAAAGUGGUCAUUGUUGACAACUCUCCCCAG